AGAAAGAAACAAUAAAAGGAAAGACCAUGGCUAGAGAGGCAAAUGCAGAAGACUUAAGUGCCUUACAUCCCUUCUCUCAAGGAAUCGUGUUUACCCCACGACCCCAACCUACACAAAGCAGAGCAUCUGCAUGUGGCAGCAGGCAGAAUUCAGCCAAAUCAGCUGCAUCUGUGAGCUCUGUCCCAGAUCCCACAUUAUUCUUGCGGAACAUUGAGCAGAUCUUACUUCAAAAGACAGCUGAGAAAGAAGAUGAACUGAAAAAAGCGUUUCAGGCUCUUGAUGUUGGUCAGACCCUGACAGUCACAAAGGGUGAAUUCAGGAGAGUGAUUGAAACUUUUCUUUUCCCUCUAACACAAGCCGAAUUUGAUGCUAUGCUGGCAGAGAUCCCAAAUAUCGGCAAAGUUACUGUGCCUUAUCUUGACUUCUUAUCAAAGUUCACCAAAGUUGCCAAAAGUACCAGCAUGCUUAAAGAGUUGAAUAAUGGCCGAAGUAUCCAAACAAUGACAUUAAGUCAACUGGAGUCCCUCCUCAAAGAGAAAAUUGCGAAGAAUGUGAAAAGCAUUAUCAGGAGCUGCAGACUCUUUGACUACAACCGUUCAGGACAGAUAAAGAGGAACACGCUAAGGCAUAUCCUUGAGAUCACCUGCUUUAGGAUGAAGGACUCAGAAUUUGAAAAACUGUGGAACCGUUAUUGUGUUAGAGAUUCCAAUGUUAUUGAUUAUAAUUUUUUUCUGAAGAAUUUUGGCUUGAAUGCAGAUACAGUUAAGGAAAAGAGUACAGAAAACCAAGUUCCAGCACUAAUCUGCCAGAAGAUAAAAGAAAAAGARCAGAAACAGCAAAAGCUUCUACAGCCGUCGUCAGCAGAGCGAGCUGUGGCAGAGCGCAGCCUGGACGGCACUGCGAGAGCGUUUAGAGACAAGCUGUGUUCAGCCUAUCAGGACAUUGAAAAAGCCUUCAGAGCAAUUGAUGUCAGUCAGAGUGGAUUUGUAUCUUUAGAUUGCUUGAAGUCAGUCAUAAAUGACUUUAUAUUUCCUUUACCAAGUGAAACUUUUCAAGAGCUAAUGAAUAGAUUUGGAUUGAAAGCCACAGGUAAAAUUGCUUGGCGACAGUUUUUAGAAAAAUUCCAUGAUCCUGGGAACACCUUUGAAAACAGGCAGAAAAUUCCCCCGAGAAAAAAGUAUAAAGUAAAUCCRGUUAGAGGAGAUGAUGAAACUUUAUCUGGUGACACUGUUCUUCAGAAGUUACGCAGAUACAUCCAAGAYGUUUGUCCCUCCCUAAAGCAGGCAUUCCUGAUGCUUGAUGAAGUGGCAGAGAUCCUUACAGAUAAGAUCAGAGAAAACUGGAAAGAUUUUCAUAAGACUUUGCAAUCCUAUGAUCCUAAGUGUACCGGCACUAUUAGCAGAAGUCAUCUAAGAAAAAUUCUACAAACAUAUUGUCCCUCUUUGUCCGAUCAACAAUUUAUGAGAAUGAAACAGAUUGAGGAUCAAGCUCACAAAUAUGCCAAGAAUAGAACUGUUGAUGAAGUAAUUGAAAAGCUGAAGGACAAAGUGUUACAACAGGCAGCAGCUAUUAAAGACAGCUUUCUUGCCUACAACAAGCAAGAAAAUGGGAAAAUUACUAAAGUUGGUUUGCGGAAGGUCUUGGAGGACCAUGGUAUGCCAAUGGAUGACAAUCAAUUUAAUCUGCUAACAGAAAAGUUAGGAUUCCCAGAUGGAGGGUUGAGUUAUCUGGAUUUUGUGGCAAUAUUUGAAGAUGCCAAACUGAAUGGGCCAGGAGCUGCAUUAUGUCACAGCCCAAAGAGAGGAGAUAGUGCUGAAUAUCAUUACAUGACUGCUGAAGAGUGUCUCAGUCAGCUUAAUGAUAAGCUGAUGGAAGUCUAUGGGGACACCUAUUCUGCCUUCCGUAACACAGACACUAACCGUGAUGGUGUCAUCAACAUGCUUGACUUUCGGCACCUCUUGGACAGCUUUCUGUUUAGUCUUAGAGAUGAGGAGUUCUUGCGCCUACUGGGUAUGUUGAGAAUGAACCUGACCUCCACCUUAAAUUACAAAGAAUUUCGUCAACUGUUUGAGCCCCAAGAAACUAAGGAUGUACCUCCUUGGCUGAUCCCACCUCACAAAAAAAAACAGAUGAUAACGGAGGCAGAGCUAGCUUGUGAUCAGGCUCAUUACUACCUUGUUAUCAAAGCAAGAACCAGAUGGCAUGACCUAGCAAGGAGUUUUCAGGAAUAUGACAGUGAAGGAAACGGUAUUAUACGGUCUGAGGAUUUGAAAGAAGUCUUGUUCAGAUUUGGCAUUCCAGUCACCCCAGAAGAAUUUAAGAAGCUUUGGGCAAGGUAUGAUACAGAUGCAAAAGGAUAUCUUACUCACCAAGAAUUUUUACAGAAGCUGGGGAUAGAGUUUGCACCCGCUGACAUMGGGCUCAGCAGACAUAUCACAGAAGACAACCCUGCGCACUUAAAAGCACAUUAUAAUAAUCAGCAAAAAAAGCAUUCAAAGCUGGAAGAGCAACAGAAACAGCRAACUAAUGCUCUGCAUGUAAAUGAAGUGAAAAAGCAGAUCAACAAAGAAAACCUACUCUCUUUCAUGGAUAAAUUUAGAAAUUACUCCCAGAAUUUCAGGAAAGUUUUUCAAAAAACGGAUAAAAACAGAGAUAGCUACAUAACAGUAUGUGACCUGCGCAAGAUCCUGCAAGAAUUUGACUAUUUCCUUGACUAUGAGCAGUUCAGUGAUCUUCUAAAUGGCUUAGGAAUCAGCAUUCAUGACAGCAAGCUCUCUUAUUUUGAUUUCCUGAGAGCAAUUGAGGAUGGCAGAGCCUCUAAAUACCAACAGAGACAAAAGCAGGCUGCACCACCUGCAAGCUUUGCAGCUCUCAGCUUGGAAAAGACCCUAAUUAAGAUGAAAGAAAUAGUUGCAUCAUCUUAUGAUUUGUUGUACAAGGCAUUUUCUCUGUUUGAUAAAGAAGAUACUGGGGUAAUUAAAACAGUGGAAUUUCGACAGAUACUUGACCAUUUCUGCUUUAAAUUAUCAGACAAACAAUUUAGGCACCUUCUCAAGAACCUUAAACUUUGUGAGGAUUUGACAGUUAACUGGAAGAUUUUCCUGAAAAACAUCAGCCUUCCCUCAGAGACCGAGGAAGGGCAAAAAGUCACCCUCCCUAAAUCUUCGCGGGAGCUGUCGGAGAGAGGCAUCCUCUCCCAGAUACGCGACGCAGCGGCAGCCGCUCGCUUUAAAACCAUUGCAAAAGCAUUCAAGGAUAUUGACUCUUCCGAAGAUAACACGGUGUCUAAAGAGGAGUUCUGGGAUAUUUGCAAACGGCAUUUGCUGCUGCUGACUGAAGAACAGUUUGAAAAUCUUUGGAACACAGUAGAUGUCAAUGCUCAUGGGCGGUUGAAGUACCAAGACUUUUUGAAGAAGUUCAGCCCAGACCUUGGAGCGAUGCCAUCGAGCGCUUCCAGCACAAGCAGUUCUGCGUCUUGUACSAGGCCCGUUACCGGUACCGUGCUGGAGUUACAGGUAUCAUCUCAGCCUGAACGUCCCAAGACGUCACCUUCUCUGGGAGAGCAAGGAAAAACACCAGCAUCCAGCCGUCCUCAGACAACUGCAACAUGUUCUGGACCUGUCCUUAACUGUGAACCAAUAGAAAAUAAGAUAAGAAAGAAAAUCAAGCAUUCCUGGAGAAGAAUACUGAAAGAGUGCAAAGAGAAGGAUGUCCACAAGAAAGGAGAAAUCCCAGUGUCAGACUUCCUAGAUAUAGCAGAGAAGUUUGAGUUAGAUUUAAGUGAAGACGAAAUCAAACAAAUAACCACAAAAUAUGAUUUGAGGAAUAAUGGAAAAUUUGCAUAUUGUAACCUCCUUCAGAGCUGCAUCUUGUUUUUAAAGCCAAAGGAAACCACCCUGCUACAAAGGAUGAUUAUACAGAAACCACAAAUACCGCUGAGUCCUGGACCACAAACCACAACGUUCUUCAGUGCGAUGCUGAGAAUUCAACCCCAGAUCCUGCACUGCUGGAGACCAAUGAGGCGAACUUUUAAGUCCUAUGAUGAAAGUCGGACGGGAUUGUUAAAUAUUCCAGAUUUUAGACAAGUUCUUCGUGAGUACAGCAUUAACCUAACUGAAGAAGAGUUGUUUAACAUCUUGGAAUAUUAUGAUAAAACCCUGUCUUCAAAAAUAUCCUAUAAUGAAUUUCUCCGGGCAUUUUUGCAGUAGGAUUUGGUCAAAUGCAGGAAGCUAUAGAUAAAGUAGAUAAAAAGAGUGACUGAUUUAUAUUUUCAAAUUUCAAACUAAUAAAUGAAUUGAGUAUGACAUUUUUUGUAUCUAUUCAUUAGAUACCUCAAAAUACUUAACAAUUCUGACAGAGUGGUCUUAUGUUGUGGAUUAAAUCUACAUAGUGAGGGAAUUAAUUCUGCAUAAUCCAUUUAUCAAAAAAGAAAAAGACAACAAUUAGCAGUGUCAAAAUAAUGCUUCC